UAAUUGGUUUUAUUUCAAGUGUCUUCUGCAUGAAACUGGUUUAUCUUACUGUUGAUUCAUUAAGAUAUAAAGAACAUUUUUUGUGAAUAAAAGAAAUCACUUUUGCUUGUAAAGUUUCCAUGGAAAUAUUAGUUUAAUUUUUAAAAAUUAUGUAUCAUAGUUCUAAAAUUAAAUUGCCUGAGAUUUUAUUAUCUUAGAACACACCAAAACACUAAGAAGAAAAGCCUAUAUUGAAAGUCUCAUGUUUGAUUCUUCUAUUCCAAGACCAUGAAGAUAAAAACAUAGUUUUUAUCUCUGUGAAAUGUAUGUAGUUCAGGAAGUGAAUGCACUAGAUUUUCAUGAAGGGGAACAUUUUCGGUUUGGAGGCUUAGAAUGCAGAUGGUAUUAACUCAAGUCCUGAGUGAUAACUUGGACUCACAGAGAAUAUGGAUGGGGUUUAGUUUCAGAUGGCAAUAAUUAUCACUUAACCCCUUCGACACUUGCUUUUACUCUUUUCAAACUAAUUUUUCCUUUUCCUUUUCAGCUUAUCUGUCUCUCUGGCUGCAUUUUAAGAGCCUAUAGUAGAAGUUGGCAUGUUAUAAUCACAAUAUAAGAUAUAAAGAACAGUAAAUUUAUAAUAAAAUAACUCAUACAAAUAAUGGGAUUGUCAGUUAUUAGAAGGAAAAAUAUACCCAUGUUAAAAAAUUUCUCCUAAUUUUCACACUUUCUGGGUGUAGAGGUGGGAUGUUGGGGGAUGUGAAGAGGAAAAGCCAUGGCAUGAGACUCAGGAAUGAAUGAACAAUGAGGGUCUAUAUGUCAGCACCGUGCCAGAGCUUUUUACAUAUGUCUCCAUUUUAUAAGAUAGGGACCGCCAUCUCCGUUUUACAGAUAAGGUGAUUAAGAAUGGAUGGAGUCAACAACUUGCUCAGUCAUUGGCAGAGCCAAAAUUCCAAGGUCGGAGAGCCCGCCAUACCUGCUAGAGGGUUGGAAGGAAGAUUCAGAAAGGGCCAGGUAUUCCCACCGGUCCAGUCAUCAUCAACCUUAUCUGGGAGUUGAGGAUGCAUUGUCCAUUCGAAGUCUUGGCAGUCACAGGAGCCCGUCGAAGGCCAUAACUGGGACACCCUGGAGCAGAGCCAGUACACCCAAAAAGAAAGACAUCAUGUAUGAUGCUCUCAAGGAUAGAUCGUCAAGACUUUCAUCAUUAAAUCAUUCUUACAGUCACUCUUAUGGAAUGAAGAAGAGGUCCUCUGGUUCUCAUAAAGACCCACUGAGCGGCCUCUACUUUGACCUGAGAAGCUAUAGCAGUCUUAGGCAUAGCAAACCCUCCUCUGCCUACUACACUCGGUCUUCCUCCCUGUGUAGUGAUCCUCUGGCGACAUCAAAGAGUACCAGGGCCUCCUCUACUGCAAAUUCUGGUCUGCUGAGGAGUACCAGUCUGGUGUCAUUGUAUGAUGGUGGAUUAUAUAACCCUUAUGGGUCUCGAACUCCAUCUGAAUACAGUUAUUACUCAUCAAGAGCAAGUUCGGCCCGAAGCAGUCCCGUGUUUCCCGAUGAUGACACUGCAAGCAUUGCGUCUUCUGGUCGCACCAGUCGUGGGCGAAGGGACAGUGUGGUGAGCGUGGUUUCUACCGCCGAUUAUUUUAGUCGCUCCAAUCGUAGGGGGAGUAUAGUCUCUGAGGUGGAUGACGUCAGUACCCCCGAUUUGACCAGCUUGGAUGAAAAAUCUGACAAACAGUAUGCUGAAAAUUACACAAGGCCUUCAUCUCGGAAUUCUGCCUCAGCAACAACCCCUCUAAGUGGAAACUCAUCCAGACGAGGGAGUGGAGACACCAGCAGCUUAGUAGAUCCAGACACCUCAUUAAGUGAAUUGCGGGAUAUCUAUGACCUUAAGGACCAGAUACAGGAUGUAGAAGGGAGAUACAUGCAAGGGCUUAAAGAACUAAAGGUAUCAGGGCCCAUUCUGCAGCCCAAGCAUGCCAUAUCUGAGUCUUUGUCCGAAGUGGAAGAAAAAUACAAGAAAGCCAUGGUUUCCAACGCACAGUUAGACAAUGAGAAGAACAAUUUGAUCUACCAGGUAGACACCCUCAAAGAUGUUAUUGAAGAACAGGAGGAACAGAUGGCAGAAUUUUAUAGAGAAAAUGAAGAAAAAUCAAAGGAGUUAGAAAGGCAGAAACAUAUGUGUAGUGUGCUGCAGCAUAAGAUGGAUGAACUUAAAGAAGGCCUUCGACAGAGAGAUGAGCUCAUUGAGGAGAAUCAACGAAUGCAGCAGAAAAUAGACAUCGUAACAAAAGAGGUGUUUGACCUCCAGGAGACACUCCUGUGGAAAGAUAAAAAUAUUAGGGCCCUAGAGAAACAGAAAGAAUACAUUGCCUGCCUUAGGAAUGAGCGCGAUACGCUCAGAGAAGAGCUGGCUGACCUGAAGGAGACAGUGAAGACAGGAGAGAAACGUGGCUUGGUUAUAAUCCCUGAUGGCACUCCCAAUGGGGAUGUCAAUCAUGAACCAGUGGUGGGAGCCAUCACCGUGGUGUCUCAGGAGGCUGCUCAGGUCUUGGAGUCUGCAGGAGAGGGUCCACUAGAUGUCAGGCUACGAAAACUUGCUGGAGAAAAGGAAGAGCUACUAUCACAGAUCCGAAGGCUGAAGCUGCAGCUGGAGGAGGAGCGGCAGAAGUGCUCUCGGAGUGAGGGCUCGGCAGCAGACAUGGCGGGGGUGCACAAUGGUUCUGACCUGCAGUUCAUCGAGAUGCAGAGAGAUGCCAAUAGACAAAUUAGUGAAUAUAAAUUUAAGCUUUCAAAGGCAGAACAGGAUAUAACCACAUUGGAGCAGAGUAUCAGCCGGCUCGAGGGCCAGGUGCUGAGGUAUAAGACCGCCGCGGAGAAUGCUGAGAAGGUGGAGGAUGAACUGAAGGCGGAAAAGAGGAAGCUACAGCGAGAGUUACGAACAGCACUGGACAAGAUUGAGGAGAUGGAGAUGACCAACAGCCACCUGGCCAAGCGGCUGGAGAAGAUGAAGGCCAACAGGACAGCACUUCUGGCCCAGCAGUAGGAGGCUACCCUCUGGUCCGGGUGCUGCUCCUGGGGCCCCUCCCAGAGGGACUGACUUUUUGUCCAUUGACACAGACCCCCUUCAGUACUGUUUGAGUUUUGUCAUUUAAAUAGCCACCUUUGUAUUUUAUAAUUUAUGAGAGAAUGGAACAGGUUUGAAUCUUCAUGAAUGAACACUUUGGAUUUCGUUUGUAGUUUGAUUCUAGACUAAGAACUGGUCCAUGCUGUUUUUAUUUUUUAUUUCCAUAAUUUUAGAAUCAAGUUUACUCACCACUUUUCCCCAACUGUCUCAGUGACUGGGCACUCGGAGGCCUUGGCACGGGUUCCGGAGGACAGCAACUCUGUGAGUGCCCAAUGAGAUAACUCGGCUGGAGACCUCGGAAAACACAAGUGCCUUCUCCACGGUGCAAUUCAGACUAAAGUCAUCUCCAGCGGUCAAAAGACACUUACCCUUGAUUUCAGAUAGCAUUUAUAUUUUAGUGAAGAACCAAGUUCACAGGUGGGGAAUAUAUGUUUCACUCAAAUUUCUAUGUUUGGAGGAAAAAGCCUUUUUUUGUAAAAUAUUUAAAUUUAUAUAAGAAAAUGUUAGAAAAAGAUAUGGGGAGUGUAUAUAAAACUUGCUUUGUUGCAUGUGGCCGGGCAAGUCCAAAGCCUAACACUCUUAAAGUAAGAGCAGGGCCCUUCGUCUUCAACAUCAGCUGUGCUGUAUCUCAUGUAAAGUAUCUCAUCUGCUGCUGCUUUGUGGAAUGGAACCUCAGACAAGCCCGGCAGGGUGGGGGGAGCAGGCAGGCAGGAGGUCGGCCUGAAGACUCUAUUAAAACGCACCCUCUUGCUGACCACA